AUGGACAUUGUGAUUAUUUUGUAUGCGGUUGGGCGACACUUAUUGAAAAUUGCAAAGGAUUAUUCCUCGUUCAGAAUUCUAUGGGUAUUAAGUGUGCAUCUGCAAGUGAGAAGUAGACAAGUCGAAUUGGGAAUUGGAAUUGCAAGCGAAAGGUGCUGUGCACUGGUAAGUUCCGUUGAAAGCACAAAUUUCAUUGAUCGACUGACUGUUUUGGUACGAUGUUCUAGAGUUGAAGCAGUAUGGAUUGUAUCUUCUGUCAAUGGCCGUGGUCAUUGUUAUUGGAGUGCUGAUGAGAUGUCACUUGUCAUGUCCCACGUGUAG